GGGCGCUGCUGGCUCUCGCGGAUCCUGCAGGCUCGACGCCGGGCGAGCGACAGGCGGGCCGACGUACAUGCUCAUCGCUGACAAGCAUCGGCUGGAGAACCAGACCAAGGUGAAGCUGCUGGCGAUCCGCGAGACGGAGCUCGAGCUGUACGUGCAGAACUGCCGCCAGGUCGGUUUUGUGGCCGCAAUAAUCGGAGGGCUCGCCUACUUCAGCUUCCUUUACACGAAGCGCGACUACUACCAGGAGGCCCACUGGUUCGCCCGCGUGUUGUACGUGACUGGGCUCACGUGCACCAUGUCGCUCGCGCUGACGAUCGUGCUCGGGACGACGACAAUCGCGAUGCUCGGCCCGGGCCUCGCGCUGCGCGGGCCGGACGGGUCGAUGAACACGGCGGUCGACGGCAUCCUCCUCGAGUUUGAGCUCGCGUCGCGGCUCUUCAGCCGCUGCGUGCAGGCGCUGAUGCUCACGGCGCUCGCCUACUUUUACUUGCACCACACCGGGUACUGGUCGACCCCGCUCCUGCUGACGGCGCUGCUGUACGGUCUGCCGCGCACUGUCACGCUACCUUCCACUUCGUCGCACGCUAGCACACUGGCACGCCGGCACCCUAGGGCAGCGCGCACUCGGCGUAGCCUCUGCUAGCUCACGCCGGCAAGCGCACGGUGCCGUCUGGCCGGCGGACACUACUCGAGUGGGGGGGCCGCAGCUGAGGCGGGAUUGUUUUUCUUUUUUCCCUGCCGCAGGGCUGCACCGCAUGAUGGCGCGCCGCAUCGAGGUGGUCGAGAGCACGCCUCCGCUCGAUCUCCGCCAAUCUCGGCUAAUCUCGGCUGAUCUCGCAUCGAGGUGGUCGAGAGCACUUUUCCGCUCAAGGCCA